UACACAGCUGAUUCAAACUCACCAAGCUUUGAUUAUUUGAAUCAACGUUUCACACAUUUUGGCAGACAGGAAUUCCGCUUAUAUUUUCUAGUCUCUGAAUAAUAUAAUCAAAUUGUAAAAAUGUAAUGAUAAACUGGCAGCGCUUCCUAUUCCUGAUUCAAAAUACAAUGAAGAUUCCUCUUGACUUGUUCCAUUCAAACUCAAAUUGUAUUGAUCUUUGCACCCUGCUCUCCACUCUGAAGAUACUGGAUAAUUGCGUGAAUGGUGUAGAGUUACCACCAAUGGAGCUGUAUUGCGAUAGGAACACUGGCCAAACAAGAUAGUAUUUCUUAGCUUCUGGAGCUCUUUUCUCCCUUUCAUUCUGUUACUCUACAUAUCACCUUGGCGUUCUUCUGUGUCACCAUGGGCAACUAUAGCUCUGCCCUCACCGCGGACAUUGAAGAUUUUGAUGCUAUCGUUUCGGUCACAGAGACGCUGAAUCAAUUGGCAGCACAUGUGGCAGACGAAAGAUUUCGGUCACAGAUUCUGUCAUCGGCUGCUCAGUCUAACCCUGACUUACAGGAAGAUGUGCAGGUAGCCCCUACACAGGAGGGAGAGACACAAGAGAAAGAGGAGCUGGACCUCUCCUCUGUCAUAUCACUCAUCAGCACCCAGACAGCACCUACAAACACCCCUGUUUUGCCUGUGAUUGAAAAGAAGCUUCACCGCCCUCCAAGGCCCACAAAGCUCUCCUCCUCUUCAUCAUCCACUGUUGCCAGUGUUCCCCACCCCUUCUCCACCCUCCUCCCUGGGGCUCUCUCUGCUAUCCUGCGUGUGACCCUGCCCCCUCACCUCACCUCUAACCCCAAGCCCAGGAGGGAGCCAAGUGCCCAGGGCCCAUUGACCCUAGAACAGCUGCAGACAGAGCUCCGGGACCUGAGGGACGAGGUAGAAAUGAUGAAGAGCCAGCACAACAAAGAGAUUCAACUGCUGAUGAAUGAGCUGGAUGAGGAGAAAAGGAUUCGUUUGUCAGUACAGAUGGAGGUGGCACAGAUGAAGAAGCACAAGUCCAAAUGAGCUGUCAGGCUCAAACAGCAUGACAUCCCCAACAAAGUUUGAACAAGCGGUGAUCUGUCUCAGCCUCUGCUGUGUUGGUUUAAAGACUAUCAAUUGUUUGACCAGUUUGUUGUGAUGCGUUGGUGGACAGGUGAUUGAAAAGAAGCCUCACUGCCCUCUAAGGCCCACAAUGAAUUAUCAAUAAUUGAUGAAACAGGAAAAACUAUAGUGAAUAAUAAUGAACAAUCUUUGUUUAUUUGAAGUUGAUAACGCAUGAGCAUCUUGUACAGAGACAUUUUAUAUUUGCUUAUUUUACUUUUUUAAAUAAAAUUAAAACAAUCAUGUUCUUUAAGGCAACAGUGGUUUAAAUUACAUUUUAAUUUCUA